GCUAGAGAAGAGAUACCACCCUGAUGAGACCCUGCCUGUCCUUCCACAGGCCCCCUGGGUAAUAGAGGGCAAGCGCCCUCCGCCAGGCUGGCCCCAGCACGGGGAGGUGGAGUUCCGGGAUUACUCUGUGCGCUACAGGCCCGAGCUAGACCUGGUGCUGAAAAACCUGAGCCUGCACGUGCGCGGGGGCGAGAAGGUGGGGAUCGUGGGCCGCACUGGCGCUGGCAAAUCAUCUAUGACCCUCUGCCUGUUCCGCAUUCUGGAGGCAGCAGAGGGUGAAAUCCGCAUCGAUGGCCUCAACGUGGCAGAUAUUGGCCUCCAUGACCUGCGUUCUAAGCUGACCAUCAUCCCCCAGGUACGAGCCUGACAUGGACUGGCCACACUGAAC